AUGCUCGCGGAAGAGUCACAAGAAGAUGCUGAGGUACAUGAGCAAGUGGCUGAGGUAGGAGAAAAGUAUGUUGAUGAAACUGCUGAAACUGAAACUGAAACCGAAGAUGAUGCAGAAGGGGAGAACGUUAUUGAAGUAAAAAGUGAAGGUACCAGCUGGGCCUUCAAACAGUGGGCUGUUCACCUGAUGUUUCCUCCUGAUGCUGUACCUGAGCAUACGUCAAUCGUGGUCCACAAAUGGAAAUACAGUGUUCGUUCACCCCCACUGCAGGAACAUGAAGCCAUCACUAGCAAUGUUAGUGAACUAUCUUUGUUGAAUGGCCAAGAACUAAAAUUUAACACCAAGGUGAAGCUGUCGUUAUCUCACAGCGCAACAGACGCACAGGGCUAUGGGCCAGUAAUAAAAAAGCUGAUUGACAAGGAGACGAAUUAUUGGGAAGACGUGGAUGGAACCAGGGACAUACGUUGUCGUCAAGACUUCGAAGACAAUCACCCUUCCCACAUGAAAAUAACGGACUUUUUCUUUCCCGUUGCUCAAGCUGAUAUAUCUGAGUGCUCAACAUACGCGGUAGUUUGCCGUCUCAAGGCUUCUCCAACUUACACCAUCACAUCUGGUGGCGGCUCAUUCAGCCAUCCUGACUUCCCAGACGUGACAGUUACAAUCCCCGAAAAUGCUUUUGCACCUAAAGCAAAGUUUUCGUUAGAGUUAAAGGUUCAAGAAGUUUCAAAUGAAGGAUUUGAAGUUGAGGGUAAAUUUCUUGGACCUGUAUUGAGAAUCAAAUGCUUUCAAGCUGUUCAGUUCUUGAAACCUGUCACGAUUCAGCUGCCAAUUUCUCUUCGAGAGCAACAAGACUUGAAUCUUAACCCCACAACAUGUCUCGUCAGAGUGCUGUUCCUCAAGUCCGAUAAUGACCAAAAAGAAUGGAUUGAAAUCACUGAUGAUCUUGUGAAACCGCCAAGUCUUGAUAGAAAGUUUGUAAGGUUCCAUGUGGAACGGUUCUCUGCAUAUGCGCAUUAUGUUGAGAGCAGGAAAAACGAAAACUCCAGGUUUUAUGGACAAAGAAUUAUAAACUUCCUUAACAGCCGCAUUUUUGUUCCGCCCAUACUGACAGUCUUCUUCGCUUACUUUCGUCCGGAUCUUUUAAACAUUUUGUGUCUGAUCUGCUGCCCUGCUCAUCUUAAAGGAGAGGAGCUAAGGCAGCUUGAAAGACAAGGCAUAACGCCUAUUUGCAAAAACUCGAUAAGGCAUCCGUGUUUGUAUCAGGAGGAAUACGCCCACAAGUAA